AUGGCGUGCGUGUGCAGCAUCGGCUGCACCCGGCGGGCCGCUCAACUGGCCCCAGUGCCAGUGCAACAUUUCCCUUCGCAUGCUUGGAGCACUCCAUCGCCGUGGGGUGCUCUUUGGAGAUUCGAAGAGAUUGCAACGAUUACUGCAUUGGUGGCAGGGCUUCUGCCAAAGCGGAGUGCAAGGCGAGAAGGCUCCAAAGAUGUUGCCAACAGCUUGUGUUCGUGUCGGGCGGUGGCGAACGAGGCUUGUCAAAGCCUUCGGAGAAACGGAGAUGGCAAGAAUCGCAAGGAACUCUUGCGGCACUAUGUGGCGGCCAUCGGUGCUUUUGCAAAAGCCGGCGAGCCGGAGAAGGCUGACGCUUGCUUUCAGGAAAUCAGCGCCGCACGCCUGGAUCCCGAUCUGUUUGCAUACACCGGCAUGAUCAACGCGCAUGCCCGGACUGGAGAUGUGGUGGGGGCCCAGAGGUGGUUCCAGGACUUGGUGAAUGCUGCUCUACAGCCUGACACCGUGUGCUACAGCAGCGUUCUCAACGCCUGCGCUCAGGCUGGCGCCUCACAGCUUGCCGAGAGUUGGUUGCUCAAGAUGGGUUCGGCACGUGUGCCGGUGAACCGCGUGGCGUACAGCACCGUGAUCCAUGCCUUUGCGCAGGAAGGGGACGCAAAGUCAGCCGAACACUGGUUUAGUGGCAUGAUCCAGGAUCGAAUAACCCCAAACACUGUGACCUUCUGCAGCAUGAUUAAAGCUGCGGCGAACAACGGAGAUGUCGAGAAUGCACGAUUGUGGCUUGAGCGCUUGCUUGCUGCAGAGCUGGAUGUACCCCCACUCGCUUUCAACACUGCGAUCAAUGCCUGUGCAGCAACCGGUGAUGUGACAAGUGCAGAGCAGCUCUUGAGUGACAUGCGGCGGCAUUUCGUGGAAGAUACCUUGGUAACCUACAACAGCCUGGUAAAGGUGAGCGCCUCCACGGGGGAUAUGGAUUCUGCGCAGCGCUGGUUCGACAUGCUCCUUGCGCGGCGUCUCCACCCCGACGUGCAGACCUUCAACAGUCUCCUCAGCUGCGGGGCAUUUCGCGGAGACGUUCAAGCAUGUGAGAAAUGGUAUCAGCUCUUGGGAGCAUGGCGAGUGGCACCGGAUACCAUCACUUACAGCACGAUGCGUACGGCCUGCGCCAGACGUGGUGAUUAUGCUCAAGCACAGCAUUGGUUGAACAUGAUCGUUCGUCAUGAUGAUAAAGCUCGUGACAUGUGGACUACAAGGGGCAAGACGGCGACAGACCCUUUCUCAGAGACCGGCAGCUUGCUGAAAAGGGCAUUGUACCGUUUUCGGUCGCAGGGAGAUCAAACCAUUGCAGAGCGCCUCGAACGGGCUUUGGAGUACCAGUGGCUGUAUGGGUAUCCGCGCGUCCCGGACUAUGAGAAGCAAUUAACACAUGGAGCAUACAAGUACAUGGCAGGUAUGCAGCCGAUGACUGCCCGAGAGAUCUACAGUCUGAUUCCGGAGAGCAAGACUCUCCUUGACACAUUCUGCGGCUCGGGGACAGUUCUAGUCGAGGGCCUCGUGGCGGGAAAGCAAAAGUGCAUUGGAAGCGAUACAUCGCCUCUGGCCAUCUUCGUGUCUACGCAUCACACAGAUGCGCAUCGUCUUUCACUGAAGAACUUCGUCGAGGAAGCCGAAAAGGUCGCAGCUGAUAAAGGCUUGGGCUGGACGAGCCUGCGUGAUCGGAUCCGGAGCAUGUCGAAGGAGAGUGUGACGCCGGAAUUGCGGGAUGGGCUUUGGUUUGCCUUUGCCGUGGCUUGGCGUCUGGCGCGGAGUCCGUUUGUGGGUGUCGAGCCCGGCAGCGUCAAGGAAUCGGAAGCAGGGGAUGCUAGGUCAUACUUCCUUUCGACGGUCUAUCGCUUUGCGAACCAACUGCGUGAGCUGCGGGAUGAACUCUGCGGUCGUGAGCAAGUUGUCGAGCUUCAUUGCUGUGACUGUCGAAGGCUGGUUUUGCAGCAAGAGGUGGAUGCCAUCAUCACCAGCCCGCCAUAUCCUGGGGUCUAUGACUACUUCAAGGCUGCAGCUGCCGAUUGUCGCGAAGUGGCUGGUGAGGCUACUGGCCAGAGUCACAGAAAACGGCGGGCAAGGUGGGUUGGGCUUCUUGGAGGAAUGCAUUGGCGCCGUCGGCGCUGGAAUCCCUAG